AUGGGAUCAGAUGAUUGGGAGUGGUUCUGUGGUACAAACAGCAGUGACCUGCCAGACUUUGAUAACCAGUCUUGGAACUAUGAGGAUGUGUUGAGUAAUGAGUGUUUGGUGGAUGCUUUCAUCGCCGGGACUCAGAUAGGGUUCUUCGUCCUAGCUCUUCUAGUUCUCUUUCUCACCGCAUGCUGCACCUCACGCAGUGAUGUACCACAUCGGUUCCUGCUCCGUUACGUAACACAUAGUCCUAGAUAUCUUGGUACCUUUGUUCUGGUCGUGAUGUCAGUGGCAUCUGUUGCGGAAGGUAUCCUGACUGAUAGCACAUAUACCAACCAACCUACACAACCACAUCUCUACAUUACAGGCAUAUCAUCUGCGUUAAGUGGAGUUGUAUCCCUGCUCUACUUUGGUCGUCUCGAGAGAUGGCGUGUUUGGAAGAUGUCUCUCCUCCUCCUCGUCUACUGGGUGGCUUCCUUGGCAACUGUAAGCAUCCAGAUUGAGUCCCUCAUCCACCAGGGAUACAACGAUGUUCAUGUGACAGCCUUCGACAUCAAUAUCAUCAUGAUUGCAGUAUACAGCUUCUUCUUACUCCUCGAGCUGUAUUUCCUCGUAGACAACUGGUUUGGUUGGAGUCCCGGCGUGGAUGAAGUGCCUCGAGACUUAAAGGAUGAACGCAUGUACUACAUGGAGCGCUACGUCGACAUCUUCUCUCAGCUUGUCCAUUGGUGGAUGAACUGGCUCUUCGUUCUCGGUUUCAAGAGGCCACUCGAGAUGGAUGAUCUGGGAAGCAUACCGGAGGUCCACAGCGCCGAGUACAAUCAUAGACGGUUCAAGAACAACUUCAAGAGAGAGAUAGAGCGGGCAAAGGAAGAAGAGCGGGAACCGAGUCUGUUCAAGGUGUAUUUUGCCACCUACUGGGUCCGAAUGCUGGCCGGUGCUAUCCUCAAGUUCAUCACAGACAUGGGAGCCUAUGUGGGUCCGUUGGCCAUUGGAGGCAUCACCCUUUAUGUCACCGAUGCUGUCUACGGGGAACAUGAAGACGUACCACCCCACCCGGUGAGCGUAAAAGAGUUCUUCGCAGAUGGUUACGUUCUGAUCGGUUGUAUAUUCGUCACUGCUCUUAUAAGACACAUGUGUGACCAAACAUAUCAGUUUAUCACAUCCAUAGAAGGCAUCCAUGCUAGGUCGGCCCUUCAGAGUACGAUCUACGAGAAAUCCUUACGACUGUCUACAUACGCCAUGACUGGAGGGGCGAUGACCAUGGGACAGAUCACCAAUCACAUGUCAGUAGAUGCCAACAAUAUCAUGAUGUUCUUCAUGUUUGCUAACGAAGUCUGGGCAACUCCCUUCAAGAUCAUAUUUUCCUUGGUACUGCUAUACCUGGAGCUCGGUACACCUGCAUUGAUCGGUGCCAGUGUCUUUCUAGUUGUGAUCCCUUUCCAAUUAGCGGCUGCCGUCGCUAUGGGAAAAUUCAUCAAGGCUGUUCUGGGUACGGCGGACUACCGUCUGAAGAUGUCAAACGAGAUGCUACAGGGAAUCAAACUCUUGAAGCUUUAUGGAUGGGAGAGGAUAUACUAUGAAGCAAUCAAGAAGGCGAGAAUCAAGGAACUUUAUGCUCUUCUGAAGGUCUACACAUUCUUCGCUGUAACGUUUAUCAUCAAUGCUGCAACUCCAAUCGUCGUCACCCUUGUGUCUUUCGGGACAUACACACCCAUCACGGGGAAGGUCCUCACACCUGACGUGGCAUUCACAACACUCUCGCUCUUCAAUCAAAUGGCUGGUCCUCUCUUCAUGUUUCCUUUCGUCAUCAAUCUCUUUGUCAACUGGAUAGUGAGUACAGGACGUCUUAAGACGUAUCUCCUUGCACCCGAGGUUGAAGGCGCCGAUGGAGUGAUCAGCGAUCUACUGAAGGAGAUUGAUGAGGAUGUCGAUGUAACGGACAGUGCCGAGAGCGUGGGAAAUUCACAUGAUGACGAUCUUUCAGUGACCAUCAAGCAUCCCCGACACAGGAAGAACCGUAGUCAUAGCAAACAGAGAGACGAUGCUCAUCAACUCCCUGAUAAGACACCAUUGUUGAGUGGUGACGGAUCGCCACGUGGAUCUCUCUCUUACGGAUCUACCAAUCCCAUCAAACAUGGAGAUACGUCAUUCAGUGGCAGCGGGGAUGUUCCCGAUGACGUCGCCAUAAAGAUCUCCAAUGGUAACUUUACUUGGGAUCCCGAUUCCAAUGUAUCUAUACUGUCCGACAUCAACGUAGAGAUACCAAGAGGUAAGCUAACAGUCGUGAUUGGGGCGGUUGGAUGCGGAAAAUCAUCCCUUCUCAGUGCCAUGUUGAAUGAAAUGACAACACUCUCCGGCACCGUUAAGCACAACAGAAACACGAAAUCCAUUGCAUACGCCCCACAGAAAGCAUGGUUGGUCAAUGCUACGCUCAAAGACAACAUAUUAUUUGGCGAAGAGAUGGUUAACAGCAAAUAUCGCAAAGUGAUCCAAGCAUGCGCUCUGCAGCCCGACAUAGACAUGUUACCUGGUAAAGACAUGACAGAGAUUGGCGAGAAAGGGAUCAACCUGAGCGGAGGGCAGAAGCAACGCGUCAGUGUAAGCCGAUGUCUCUACUCCGACAGGGACAUCAUCAUCUUGGACGACCCUCUCUCUGCUCUGGACAUGCACGUUGGCACGCAUCUGUUCGAGAAAGGAUUCCAGGGUAUCUUGAUGAAACAAAAGAAGACAGUCAUACUGGUUACCCAUCAGCUCCAGUAUCUGCCUGAAGCCGACAAAAUCAUUGUGGUGAAGGAUGGCCGCAUCACUUGCCAGGGUACUCCCGAGGAGGUAGCCGAGGCUGACCCUUCGAUCAUGACUGAGUCUGAGAGAGCUAUCAAGGAAGUGACCGAAUCCGAAGCCGAAGGGUCUGGGGCAGAGUCUGAGUCUCUGAUGAAUGAGAGAAGGGCGCUCAAGAGACAAAUCUCAACACAGAUGUCUGUGUUGAAGGACGGCGCUGCUGAUAAAUCAGACGAGAAAGCAGGACGCUUGAUUGAAGAGGAGGAGAAGGAGAAAGGUUCUGUGUCUUACCAGAUGUAUAUGUACUACUUCCGAGCCAUGGGCUAUUGGCUUGCAUGUCUCAUGAUCGGUUGUGUAGCCAUGCGAGCCGGUCUUCAGGUAGCUACAAACUUCUGGCUCUCAGACUGGUCCGAGGCGGGUCUCAAUUUAACCGGGGACGCCCAACCAACGAGUUAUUAUUUGAGAGGUUAUGCGGGUUUCUCUGUGUCUACUGUUUUUGGAUCCGUUUUAUCGAAUGUCUUCAGCUGUAUCGGUGCCUUGCUAGCGGCAAGAGCGAUACACUUUGCCCUUCUACAAAAUAUCAUCGGAAUACCAAUGAGAUUCUUUGACACCACCCCAGUUGGACGAAUUCUCAACCGACUCUCCAGUGACACACAAUGGAUCGAUCAGCGUUUGAUUCACUCCUUCAACAUGCUUCUCAAUACGUUAGUCGCCGUCAUCGCCUCCUUCAUCGUCAACGCCAUCGUCAAUAGCUACUUCAUCAUCUUCCUCAUCCCUAUCGGCAUCAUCUUCAUGUGCAUUCUGGUCUACUUCGUCGCAACAUCCAGAAUGUUGCAGCGUUUGGAGAGCGUCACAAGAUCUCCUGUGUUCGCUCAUUUCUCUGAAACGCUUGGCGGUCUGCCCAUCAUCAGAGCAUAUAAGGAUGAAAAGCGGUUUUUCAAAAACGUACUGGGGAAAAUCGACAAAAACAAUACAGCUUUGGUGUAUUUGUACACAGCCAACAGAUGGUUAGCGAUUCGAUUGGAUUAUCUGGGAGCAGUGGUUGUGCUCAUUGCCAGUCUGUCGGCACUCUUGGGGGCGCUCUAUCUCGGUGUAGAUGCUAGUUUGGUUGGGCUUGCCAUCAGCUAUUCAUUAGAGAUCUCCAUCUAUAUGAACAUGGUGGUGCGAGGUUGUGCAGACUUGGAGCUUCAGAUGAACGCCAUGGAGAGAAUUCGAUACUACACUGAAGUAGAGAAUGAGGAAUACGACGGUCUGGAACCUCCACCCGAGUGGCCCCAGAAAGGUGAAAUCAUUCUUGAUAACAUCAGCGUACGUUACGCCCUGGAGCUCGAUCCUGUACUGCAUGAUGUCUCUGUCACCAUCCCUCCUGGUCAAAAGUUGGGAAUAUGUGGUCGAACCGGGAGCGGGAAAUCAUCGCUAACACUUUCUCUCUUCCGUAUCAUCGAUACUUUCAAAGGUCGAAUUCUGAUUGACGGAGUAGAUAUUUCAUCAGUUCCUCUUAUCACACUCCGCCAACGACUCUCUAUCAUCCCACAAGAUGCCGUUCUCUUCACUGGAACUAUCAGACAUAACAUUGAUCCAGCGGGUGUAAAGACAGACGAUGAACUGUGGAAGGCUUUAGAGAUAGCUCAACUCAAAGAAGUCGUUUCGCCAUUAGAAGGUGGAUUGGACUAUAUCGUGACGGAGGGAGGAGAGAAUUUCAGCGUUGGUCAGCGACAGCUCUUCUGUCUGGCCCGGGCUUUCCUCCGUAACUCAACUAUCUUGGUCAUGGAUGAAGCUACUGCUUCCAUCGAUCAAGAAACUGAUCGCAUCCUCCAAGACGUGGUGGCUGAUGUCUUCCAAGAUAGAACAGUCAUCACAAUCGCGCAUCGCGUGGGUACGAUCUUGGACGCAGAUAACAUCCUCACUCUCAGUGACGGUCGCGUCGUCGAGUUCGACUCCCCGAACACGCUCCUCGAAAAAGAAGACAGCAUCUUCGCGUCGCUGGUCAAAGCUGGCAAAUAA